CUCAGCUCGCUGUAAUCUGUUAAUUGGUUUACUGAGCACUAGAGCCUGUCUGUGUCUAUGUCAGUGUGUAUUGGGGGACUGUAAACAAAGUAGCCCACACAUUUGUUUUCUGCAACUGUCAGAUACAAACAGCUGUCUUGGAAAUGGCAACUAAACUUAGCUUCUUAUAAUCCUUAAGAUUCAAUUCAGUGUUCUCCAUAGAAAAACAGGCCCACUGAGAGAACAGAUUUAUACUUUGCUGUUGUCAUUUGUCUCAUAGAUGUAGUUUUGUUAUAGCAGCGUCUACCCUUCUUGUAGUCUUCUCCUCUGUGUGUCUUUGAUGGGCAACUAUAGCUCAGUCCUCAUUCCGGGUAAGCCUCAUAACUAUAACCUUUUAAGUGAAAAAACGAAACAAAAGAAAAAACAUGAAAACACUGGAGAGCAAAAAACUGAACUGUUUAUUUUAUUUUAAAGAUACUGAAGAAUUUGAGUCUAUUGUGGCUCUAGUGACAGAAAAACCAAAUGAGCCCAGCCGUUUACUGUCCGAGCUUCAGACUCUGGGAAGUAUUCCACUCAUAGCUGUAUAUACUGUACAUUUUAUCAUCAUUAAAAUGACUCAACAUGUGUAACAGUGUUUACCUCCACUUAAACAUUGUGUCAUUUAUUCAUUCAUUCUACAGUAACACGUGGGAGUUUUGUUUUGGCCUGUGUGUCCUUGGGAUGAUUUUAACUUCCUUUGGCUGACUCAGAUGACCACUCAUUGAAACACUAGAUAACUUGGCUCUGACCUUCUACUAAACUUUCAGUAUGAUGAAUUUAAAUUUAAUUCAGUGAUCAGAUAUCUUGAAAUCUUGUCUUACAGGUGAAUAUGGAAUCAGGGAGAGGAAAUGACCAAUGUGUUGAUGAAGAUUCAAGUAAAGAAAAGUCUGACACUUCUAUAUCAGCAACAUCAAAAGGAGAGCCUCCAGCUUCCAGUUUGGGUGAUUCCCUCUCCUCUCUGCUUCCCAAAGCCUUGUCCGCUGUUCUCCAUCAGACAGUUCCCCCUGGACAAAGCAGGAGCCAUCCCACCAGUGAGAACUCAACAGCAAACUCCUCACAACCGCCGAACCUGGAGCAGCUGCAGACUGAGCUGACAGUCCUGAGGGGGCAGUUUGAGCAGAUGAAGGCCCAACACAAUAAAGAAAUAAAGCAGUUAAUGAACGAACUGGACGAGGAGAAGAAAAUACGCUUGACUCUGCAGAUGGAGAUCAAACGCAUAAAGAAGCACAUGCCUAAAUAAGGCAGGAAACAAUUGAUGAAUUUGUAUAAUUUUUCAGCAUGAUUUUGUUUCAGUUUUAAAUAUUCUUUUUUAGUUUUAUCUUAAAAAAAUGUUAAACCUUUUACAUGGUAUUUUAGACAACUAAAUGUCUUGCUAUCUGUUGCUGCUGUGUACAUUUUUAUUGAUCAUUAUAGGCAAGAUUAAUGUAGAGACAGCAUACAUUUUUAUCAGCAUCUGUGUGUAGUGUCAAAAAAUUGUUAUUUAAGUUAUUUUGUUGAAUUAUUAACAAACAAAAUGUAUUACAGGCAUUGUUUAUUUUUUUGGCAACAAUAAUGAUACAUCCACAAAUAAUACUUAAUUCUUACAAAUACAAACAAAUACUUUAAAAAUACUCUAUAAAAAUAUAUUAUCUUAAAUGUACAUGGCAUCACAUUUUAAUGAUAAGAUACUAUAUACUGUAUGAUUGGAUUGUCCUGCAGUCCAAUUACAUUUCCUGGUUCAGACACUAAAGCCCUCCGACUGGCACACAUAACCUGGAAGGCGCAGUCCUUAGAAGUUGGUAUCCUCACAUGGAAUAGGUCUGAGUGUUUUCUUUUGGUUUUCUUCAAGAAUAAAAUCAUAUCGACACAGAGGCCUGGGAAGAGAAAAAGAUGACUUCAAUAUUUUCAAAAAGACAAAAGUUAUUUCUUUAAUUUUGGUGUACCUGUCUUUGGUCUCCACGGGUGUCAGUCGUAGUGUCAGGACACGGAGUUUAUAAAGGGGCUGCAAGACAUUUCCAGUGGUGAAGGUGAGAGAGAUCUUGUCCACCGGACCCUCAAUGUAUGAAUCAAAAUGGGCCAACAUCUGAGUCUUUGUGAACUUCUUGAACUUUGUUGCUCCACUGAAACAUGAAAAUAAAGUUGUUAAAUGUA